AUGGCACCCCUCCAUUUGGUAGCUACCGCCACCGUGCAAGACGGCAAACUUCAAGACGCCCUCGACGCAAUCAAAACCCUUACCGAGGAAGCUCAGAAGAACGAGCCGGGUCUCUUGCGCUACUUUGCUUUUACGACCAAGAACGAAGAGGGUCAAGACCAAAUUGUUUUUGUUGAAAAAUAUGCCGAUGAAGAUGUGCACAAGGUCCAUCAUACCACGGCGCAUUUCCAGGCCUUUGGAAAGAAGGCUGCGGCGUUUCUCGCUGGACCUCCUGUGAUCAGGACUGGAGCUUUUGCUGCUGGGUUUGAGAACCGGGCAAAUUUGUAG